UGUACGCGUUGUUUCAGAUAGGUUUUGAUACGUACACCCAGCCAUGUGCAGUUGUACAAAAAACUUGACAGCAGUACUGAUCAAUAUGUUUUGUCAGUCUUUUCACAAUUAUUGCAAACCUGACAAAGAAAACCGGACACCAUCGUUUAUAGCAGCACCACCAGGCCUUUCUGAUCAUGGCUAUAUCAAGAAAAGGCCUCGGGGGUCUCCAACAGGUCAUACACCUUAUUCUAAGAGUAAGAUGAAGAAACCCCAGGCAGAACAUGGCCUCUCCACCAAGUCAAAAUGGAGCGAUGAAGAAAUUAAUGUCCUUCAGAAGCAAGCUGAACAAACCUCAGACCUUUCCACAUCAUUUUGGCAGAAGUGUGCCACGCUUCUAAGUUCCAAAUUUGGGACAAACAGGACAAGUAUGUCAUAUCGUCUUCGAUAUCAGCGUUUAACUGCCAGUCAAGAAGAGUCAGGUGUCAACAGCCCCUAGUAACGACUAC